AUGGAGGCUCUGGCCUCAAGGCACGCAGAAAGAGCUCUUCAUACUCAAGCCUCAGCCCUUGCCCAAGAUGUGGAGGAUGAGACCACGUUUCAGGAGCCAUUGACCUUCAAGGACGUGGCUGUGGUCUUCACGGAGGAGGAGCUGGGGCUGCUGGACUCUGCCCAGAGGAAGCUGUACCGAGACGUCAUGCUGGAGAACUUCAGGAACCUGCUCUCUGUGGGAGACCAGAAUGGAAAGGAUAUGGAAUAUAUUCAAGAAAAGGAAUUAAGGUUCCUUUCACACAAAGAGCUCUCAUCCUGGAAAAUCUGGGAACAGGUGGCUGGUGAAUUAACUAGGAGUCAAGAUUGUCAAAUGAAUCUUCAAGGGAAAGAUUUCCAGUUGUCAGAAGAUGCUGCCCCCUGUCGAGUGUGGGAAGGAGCGUCUACUCAGGGUUUUCGAACUGAGAAUCUGGUGGACAUUCUACAAGGGGACAGACCCAUCAGUGUAGAAAAGCAAGAGUUUCCAUCCUGCAGAGCUGUAAAACCAGUCCCAGCUCAAGAUUCUUGGACGAAAGCCUUUGUGAAUGAGCCAUGGAAUGUUCAAGAAAAAUGUAAAAAACUCUACAUGGGAGAUACAGUAUAUCAAUGUGAUUGGGAAGAUUAUAGCUUCCACUGGUUAUCACAUCGUCAUGACGCCCACAGAUUCUCUGAAAGAGACGGGCUGUGUAAUUGCGAUAAAUGUAGAAAAGACUGCGUCAAGAAGUCGACACCUCAUCACCCUAACCCUGGAAAGAAUGGUUUUAAAAGUAGUGAAUGUGGCUUGAAGGAUGAUUCAAACCUUCCCACCCAUCCAAGGAUGCCCUUCAAAGAGAAACUCUGUAAAUAUCAUGAGUUUGGGAAGGGCUUGAGGCAGAGUGCCUGUCUCGCCUGCCGUCAGAGAUUUCCCACAGAAGAGAAAUUGUCUAAGAGUCUGGAGCACGGUCGGGGCUUCAGGCAGAACACACACAUUCACAGCCAUCCCCGGGUCCCUAUGGGAGAGAUGCCCUACCGAUGCGAUGUCUGCAGGAAGGGGUUCAGGUAUCAAUCAGUUCUGCUUAUUCAUCAGGGGGUGCACACAGGAAAGAAACCCUAUAAAUGUGAGGAGUGUGGGAAGGCCUUUGGUCGGAGCUCAAACCUGCUCGUCCACCAGAGGGUUCACACUGGAGAGAAACCUUACAAAUGCGGCGAGUGUGGGAAGGGCUUCAGUUACAGUUCGGUGCUUCAAGUCCAUCAGAGGCUACACACAGGGGAGAAGCCCUACACGUGCGGUGAGUGCGGCAAAGGCUUCUGCGCCAAGUCGGCGCUGCACAAGCAUCAGCACGUCCACCCAGGAGGAAAGCCCUAUAGCUGCGGCGAGUGUGGAAAGGGAUUCAGCUGUAACUCCCACCUCAGCAGUCACCAGAAAACGCACACAGGCGAGAGGCCCUACCAGUGUGACAAGUGUGGUAAAGGUUUCAGUCACAACUCGUACCUUCAGGCUCACCUGAGGGUUCACGUGGGGCAGCACCUCUAUGAAUGUGACGUAUGUGGUAAGAGCUUCAGCUACAGCUCAGGGCUCCUCAUGCACCAGAGACUGCACACGGGAGAGAAACCCUACAAAUGCGAAUGCGGGAAGGGCUUCGGCCGGAGCUCAGACCUGCACGUCCAUCAGAGGGUCCACACGGGAGAGAAACCAUAUAAAUGUGGCGAGUGUGGGAAGGGCUUCCGACGGAAUUCAGACCUUCACAGUCACCAGAGGGUCCACACAGGAGAGAGACCCUACGUAUGUGACGUGUGUGGGAAGGGCUUCAUUUACAGCUCUGACCUCCUCAUCCACCAGAGGGUCCACACAGGUGAGAAACCCUAUAAAUGUGCUGAGUGUGGCAAAGGCUUCAGUUACAGCUCAGGGCUUCUCAUCCACCAGAGAGUCCACACAGGCGAGAAACCUUACAAAUGCCAAGAGUGUGGAAAGGGCUUUCGGUGCACCUCGAGCCUUCACAAACAUCAGCGCGUCCACACGGGAAAGAAGCCCUAUACGUGUGAUCAGUGUGGCAAGGGAUUCAGUUAUGGCUCCAACCUCCGCACCCACCAGCGGUUGCACACAGGAGAGAAGCCCUACACGUGUUACGAAUGUGGAAAGGGCUUCAGAUACGGCUCAGGUCUCCUCAGUCACAAGAGGGUACACACUGGCGAGAAACCAUAUAGAUGCGACGUGUGUGGGAAAGGCUACAGUCAGAGCUCACAUCUCCAAGGUCACCAGAGGGUCCACACUGGCGAGAAACCCUACAGAUGUGAGGAGUGUGGGAAGGGCUUUGGCCGCAGCUCCUGCCUUCACGUCCAUCAGAGGGUCCACACUGGAGAGAAGCCCUAUAAGUGUGGGGAGUGUGGGAAAGGCUUCAGUUAUAGCUCAGGUCUGCGAAACCACCAGAGAAUGCAUUUAGGUGAGAAACCUAAGUAG